GGAGGAGAUCUCCACGCUACGCCGCAAGAUCAUGGAGGCCGAGACGUUCAGCCCGGCGCGGGAGGACAUCCUGGCUCAGGACCUGGAGGAGGCCCAGGACCGGCGCUCAGAGCUGGCCGAUCAGCUCACAAACUUGAGGGAGGAGAACGAGAGGCUGGCCAGAGAGGCCGAGGAGCUGUUCGAGGAGAAAGAGAACCUGUCACUGCAGGUGCAGAAGCUGAAGCUAGACUGUGAGAUGUACCAGCAGAAGAGCACCGUCUUCCAGAGUCAGCUGGGAGAGCUGCAGGCCGAGAGAGACCGGGCCUACCUGUCCAGAGAUGACGCCCAGGCCCAGAUAGCGUGCAACCUGGCCGAGAAGGACGUGCUGCGCAGUCAACUGGUGGAGCUGCAGGAGAAGGUGUUCAACCUGAGGGCCCGCAGUGCUGAGAGCGGCCCCAGAGACAAGCCACGGGCCAGGGAGUAUAGCUGGGAGAGCAGCUACCUUGGCUCCAGCAGUGAGGGCCCCCCGCCCAGCCCCCAGCCUCGCUCGCGCCUGUGUCGCAUGAACGCCAUCUGCCCCGACUUCAUGAGGAGCGAUGACCUCGAGUUCACUGAGGGUGGAUUGAGCAGCCUCCGGUCGAGCCAUGUGGAGCCGCCAGGUAUCGAUUCUCUCCGGAGAAGACAGUUAGACUUGAGCUCCGAUUACAGCCUCGAAACAGAUGACAGUCCGUUCUCUUUGGACACAGAGAGUGACUUUGUCAUGAUCUUCAAAGAUAAAGCAAUGUCAGCGUCCCUCCCCACUCUUCCACAGAAGAUCAGCAGCCCUGACACCGUGUCGCGGGCGUCGGCUCCUCCGUUCCUGAUGCGCUCGCGGCCGCAGGCGCUGCGAAUCACGGGCCGCGUCCUCACCCUCACCGUCCAGGACGGCACGCUGCUCGGCCAGAUCCAGGUCGUCGGGGGCAACAAGACGGGCGUGUUCGUGCACGGGGUCACCCAGGACUCGUCCGCCCACGCGGCGGGGGUCAGUCCCGGAGCCCAGAUCUUAGAGGUGAAGUACGAGCAGGAGAGGCAAGCCCUGCAGAUGGUGCUGGAGGACUCCACCCAGGAGGAGGCGCUGUGGGCUCUGGGCCAAGUGAAGGGGCCCUGCCAGCUCAUACUCAGGCCCAACCAGGAUGGUUCCCCCUUGUUCCCUCCAUACUGCCACGCCCCACCAAUGACCCUCAGCUCAGAGCAGCUCAAUGAGGCGUACGACGGCCUUCUGCAGCAGCUGAAGACGGGCGAGGUGACCUCGGGGGACUCCUUCUACGUGCGCGUCAACAUGUCCGUGCCGGCGGGCGUCGCCGCGGGCGCCCCUCUCCAUCAAGUGCAACGAACAUUCUGGCACGUCACCAACACCUGCCACGGCACCAAGGGCACCUGUGGGCCAGCCUUGGUGCACCCUGCCAGCUGCUGGACCUGA